AGACAGUUGAUAUUUGAUAAACCAGCUAAUAUGGACAGUCUUGAAUAAUAUACAGUGAAAGCCAACAUCUUUUGCUGCUUUUAUUAUCACUACAUAUACCACACAAACACAAAACAUCCAGUUGGAAGUGGGGGCAAUUCACUUAAACCAUCAAACGAUCAUGUUGUCCAAUUCAUCACCCUCCCUUAUCCACAUCCUCCUCAUCGUUGUCGGUACCGCCUUUUUAAUCUAUCCGGCCACCGCUACCGACCACAUUGUUGGUGCCAAUAAGGGUUGGAACCCUGGAAUCAACUACACUGAUUGGGCUAACAACCAAACUUUUUAUGUUGGUGAUUACAUAUCUUUUAGGUACAAGAAAUUUGAAUACAAUGUGUUUGAAGUGAACAAGACAGGGUAUGACAAUUGUACAAUUGAAGGAGCAACAGGAAAUUGGAGCAAUGGGAAGGACUUUGUGCAUUUGAAUAAGAAAGGAAGAUACUACUUCAUUUGUGGUACUGGUGGUUGUACUAGUGGAAUGAAGGUUUCUAUUGUUGUUCAUUCUCUUCCUCCGGCGCCUUCGGCUUCUAUUGCUGCCACCAAACACUCCUCUGAAUCUACUAAACACGCCUCGGCUGCUUCGGAAGUAGUUACUUCGGGGCGGUUGUUGGUGGUGGUUUUAAGGGCGUUGUUAGUAGGUUUAGUGUCUUCAGUAUUGACGUGGUGACAACGGUCUUGUGAGAAGAGGUGCUAAAUUCAUGUGUAUCUUUUAUUUAUUCGAAAAAAAUGUUUUGACGGGAUAACCCAUUAAAAUUGUUUUGUUUUUGUAAGGGCUAAAGCGUUUAAAUUAAAUGUGGUUUUGUUUAAAUUAAUUCAUGUGUAAUGAAGAAAAGUGUGUUAAUUUCA